UUAGAUAUGGCGGCAGAUAUUUUUUUGCCGAGUAAGCGAAGACAGACUGAGUGAUAAAAUGAUAGACCCACUGUAAAAAAGUUUCCCUCUAGGUUCCAUGGUAGCCAGUGUUUUUGGUAAACACACGCAUUGCGGAUGUAGUCAUGACCAAGAAAUACCAGCAUCGAACUUCCUCAGGGGGUAAAACUACAAACAUCAAAACUCUAGAACAGCAGCCAGCAAAAUUUGCAACUGCAAUCUGUCCUCUGAACUUAGAAGAGCAGAAAGAGCGGUUUCUGAAGCAUGGAAGGCUACCAAAGUUUGUUUUAAAAGGCUCUGAAGAAGAAAUAGAAAACUUGUACAAUAAAGCUAGCAAUCAGAUAAGGUUUGAGCUGUUUGGAGAAGCUGAGCAUAUACUUAAGGUUGUGAAGGAAAAAUAUGGGGAUGGUCAUGAUUAUUUGGAGGCUAUGCAUGGGAAAAAAAUUACCAAAGAUGAGGCGAAUAAUAUUCUCCUAGAGUAUCUCAAGGAAAACAAACUAGAUGGAGCGAUGAGCAUUAUAUGGUGUACUAAUUUAGCUUCAAGUGCAAAAAUGAUGUGGGUCGGUCCUCAUGCUAAAUACAACAAACCAGAGGCUAGGAGUUACUCUUUCUGGAUAAAGAACACAGAGGAUAACAACUUUUUAAGAGAAUGGGGUAUCAGAUGUCUUGCAGACCAUGAAAUAGGAACACAUUUUUUUCGAUCUUUUAAUGAUGGCUUGCAGCCUUGGUUUAUGGACAGGAAGAGGUUUGGAGUUCGAGGUCUGGGGAGUUUAGAACAGCUGCGUACAGAGGAAGGACUUGCCUGUAUAAAUACCGUACUGAAUGCCAGAGUUCGGUAUCUUUGGAGCUCAGCUCUUCAGUACUAUGCAGCCUGUAAAGCAGCAGAAAUGACGUUUAAACAACUGUUUGAUCACCUAGCUAUGUUUGUCAAGAGUCCAGAUCAUAGAUGGCGCCUCUGCAUGAGAAUAAAGCGAGGACUGAUAGAUCCAAAUGAUUUAGGAGGAUAUGGAAAAGACCAGUGCUAUUUUGAAGGUGCAGUGGAAAUAUUACGCAACAUAGACAACAUAGAUUUUCAAGUUCUGAUGUGUGGGAAAAUGUGUGUGGAUGAAGUAAGCCGGUGUAAACGAUUAGCAAGGCAAGACUGUCUCCGUAUGCCAGCAUUUAUGAAAAAUGAGACAAAAUACAAAAAGAAUCUCAAGGCUAUUGCAAAUUUGAAUGGCUUGAAUACUGUUCAACCACGUGUUCAUCCCCCAUUAGCUUAUAUACAACGUCUAAAAAGGGGGCGAAGAAUUGGCCCUGAAAACUCUCGUAAGAAAAUAAGCUGUUGGCCACUACGAUUGUUAUGCAAGUAGGUGGUUGUGAAAUUUUUGUUACAGACUGUAGGAGCCAGACUGUUGAGUGUGGUAGUGAUAUUUUUGCUACAGCCUGUAGGAGCAAAGUUCUUAAUCUCGCUUUUUCUAAAGUCAUGGAAAAGAAAAUUACCCAAAAGUUCUAAAACAUGAAAAAUUACUGCCAGAAUGUAUUGUUUGGUUGGGUACAAUAUGCUAGCUUAUAUUCCCAUUGUGAAUAAUGAAGACAAAACAGUAAGUAAUCUGAGGGCGUAAUUUAUCAAAAGUAAAAAAAAAAAUAUGGACUAGCUUACUACUUACUUUAUCAGUAUAUUGACAAAAAUUUUAUUAAAGGUAGACUAAUUUUUCGUGAAGAAUUUUUAAUAAUAGGAUUAACUCAUGCCCCAGAUCCAGAUCUUUAUAAGGCAAUGUGAAAUGAUCAAUUUUUUUCUACACAGUUUGGUAAAACUCCAGAAAAAUAUACAUGAAUGUUUGUACUAAGUCAUACAUGUAUUACCAAAUGAUGUUUCAUGAUGUAAAAGCUAGUCUUCUAGAUCUUUUAUUUUUAUAAAUAUAUAUAUAUAUAUAUAUAUAUAUACAUCUUUUAUUUACCGGUAAUCUUCAUGAAUAAUUUUGAAUUAUUUGGAAUUAAGGGUAAGACAAGUUAUUUAUACAUAUAUCAGAAGAAAUUUAGAGAAAUCAAUAUUUAUAGAAUGUUUAACAUUUUUGUGGUAGUGUUAAAUGGCAUAAACAGAAAUUUUCCUGGUAAAGAUCUCUUAGUGCCUACAUGUAACUUGUGCAGUAACUUCACCCCUAAUAUACAAUAUAUCAUAAUUUAGAUGAAUAUUUCACUAAUGUGCCAAAGUUUGUCAGCAUUUUAAUCUUUAUUUAUUAAAAUGUGCAAGCCAUGCAGUAGUAACAUUUUAACCAUUUUUUUUUUUUUUUUUUCAAUUUACAGAAAGUAAAAUUAGUUUAAAUAAAUAGUGCCUAAUUUAAUUGAUUUACCUCCACCCAUUCUGUUAUAGCCAUGAGUUACCAAAGAUCGAAAAACUCCCACCCAUUGAGGGGCACCGGAAUUAACCUUCUCCCAUUAUAUAAGCAUCCCAUUUGUUUGUGUGCCAUGACAUUUUUUUUUUAUACAAAGUAAGCUGUGAUAUCCACUUAUGUUUUAUUUUCAUGUAUUCACUAGACAGUUUAAAAGUUGUGUUAUCCACUUUAGUGAUUAAGCUAUAUCCACUUAGUGUUUAAGUGAUAUCCACUUUAGUGUUUAAGCUAUAUCCACUUAAAUGUUUAAAUGAUAUCCAAUUUGGUGUUUACUUCAGUGUUUAAGCUAUAUCCACUUUAGUGCUUAAGCUACAUAAAAGGUUAAGUUAUAUCCACAUUGAUGAUCAACUCCAAUAUGUAUAGACUAUAUCCACUAAAGUGUGCUAAAUCUGUGACAUCCACUUACCAACUGUGAUAUCCACUACAGUGUUUACAGACUGUGUUAUCCAGUUUAGUGUUUGUUUUUCAACAUGUACUCAGAAUCAAAGGGUCUCAUUUUUUUCUUGUUAUUUGUCAAAUUGUGUGCAAAUGGUGUAGUUGUUUUACUGUUGUCAUUAUUAGACUUAAUUUUAUAGUAGCACUAUUUUUUUUUAGUGUGAAAUUUGUUAACUUCAUAUUUUGUUAUUAAUUUUGUUAUGUUACCGCGGGUACUAGUUCAUUCCAACUCCAAUCCUGGUUUGGAUAUGUUUGUUUGGGUGUCAGAAUCUCUCAUGAAUUGUUUUCAGACGAUGCAUUAAUUUUAGAAGUAUCAAAGAAUCACUAUUUUAUUAUUGAAUGCAUUCUUCUGAACAUAUGCUAUUAUACAGAAUAGGGAUAUUUAAAAACCUUGUUUAUGAUAACAUUUUAAGACCUUCAAUUGUUUUCUUUUUGAUAAUGAUUGUUAGAUUAUUCACAAAAAUUUGUGUGCAUUUCAAAAUGUAAUAAUCUUAAUAUAACAAGUAAUUUAAAUGUACAUUUAAGGUACCUAAGUUUUUAAAUAUUGUUUUGUAUUUACUUCAGUAGAGUGAGGGGGGGGGGGGGGGGGGUAGAGAUCUUUAGUGCUUAAAAAUACAUGUCUAUCAUAGCCAUUGACUUAAGGUUUUGCAUGUACUUUUAAUGCAGUUUUAGAUUUACAUUGGUAGCAAAGUACAGAGGUAAUAUAAUGCCAAUAAAACAUAGUCAAAGUCAAAA